AGAAUGGAGCAUGCAUGCAUUCCAUUAAAUUAAACAGAUGUGGUGUCUUGUGUCCACCAAAUCAUUUGAGGAUAAUUGAUAGACUCAUUUAAGAGACCAAUUACCUAUAAAAUGUGGGAAUGUUCUAAUUACUUUGGAAUGCAUAACAACUUCGCCACAAAUUUGUAACAUAUUGAAAAACCAAGUAUAAUUUGUUAAGUGAAGUGACAACUCACAGCCAAAGAAGAUCAGUUGUAAACGACUCGAGGCCAAGAUGAAGUUGGUUAGCAAAAAUGUUGACAAGGGCGGACAAGGCACCGUUGUUCUCAUACCAGAGGAAUCGGAGGAUAUGUGGCAUGCUUAUAAUCUAAUAUCCGAAGGAGAUAGUGUUCGAAGUACCACAAUUCGUAAAGUUCAAAAUGAAACAGCUACAGGUUCCAGCACCAGCAGUCGUGUUCGUACCACCUUGACAAUUUCAGUAGAAACCAUAGACUUUGAUACCCAAGCCUGUGUUUUACGUCUUAAAGGCCGUAAUAUUGAAGAGAACCAAUAUGUUAAAAUGGGUGCCUAUCAUACUUUAGACUUGGAAUUAAAUAGGAAAUUUGAACUACGCAAGCCAGAAUGGGACUCGAUAGCUUUGGAACGCAUUGAGAUGGCUUGUGAUCCAACACAAUCAGCAGAUGUUGCUGCGGUCGUGAUGCAGGAAGGAUUGGCACAUGUAUGUCUCAUAACGCCAAGUAUGACGUUGGUGCGCAGCAAAAUCGAAGUUAGCAUACCAAGGAAACGUAAAGGCUAUAUACAACAGCACGAAAAAGGUUUGGCGAAAUUCUACGAAAGCGUAAUGCAGGGUAUAUUGAGGCAUGUUAACUUUGAAGUUGUCAAGUGUAUAUUAUUAGCUUCGCCUGGUUUUGUAAGAGAUCAAUUUAUGGAAUAUAUGUUUCAACAGGCUGUUAAAUUAGAUAUUAAGGUGUUGCUGGACAACAAGAGCAAGUUUAUGCUCGUUCAUUCAUCAUCAGGCUUUAAACAUUCACUAAGAGAAGUUUUACAAGAACCGGCAGUUAUGUCGAAGAUAUCAGACACUAAGGCAGCUGGGGAAGUCAAGGCUCUAGAACAAUUUUAUACAAUGCUACAAUGUGAACCCGCUAAGGCAUUCUAUGGUAAAAAACAUGUAAUGGCUGCUGCCGAGGCUAUGGCAGUUGAGACUUUGCUUAUCUCAGAUAAUUUGUUUCGAUGCCAAGAUGUCAGCCAACGCAAGGAAUAUGUUCACCUAGUAGAAAAUAUACGUGAUGCUGGUGGCGACGUGAAAAUAUUCUCUAGUAUGCAUAUAUCGGGGGAACAAUUGUCCCAGCUAACGGGUAUUGCUGCAAUACUGCGUUUUCCAAUGCCAGAACUAGAAGAGGAUUCAGAAAACGAAGAUAACGCAAAUAACUCUGACUCAGACUAAAUAAACUAACCUCCCUGAAAUUAUAUACUAAAGGUAACAUAAUAUAGGGGAAUACAUACUUUUUUUAUAUUAUAUACUAGUGUACAAAAACUUGCAUAGAAAUUAGUUACAACAUAUUAAAGAAAAAAAUAAACAAUGUUUGGCUUCAAAUAACAAAA